AUGGCGAGAGCGAGAGCGACCGUGGAAGGGCGAUUUUUUCCUCUUUCUUAUGGCGAUUCAGAAUCGUCCAAUGGGAAUGAAGAUAACAUUCGGAGGAGAACUUUUCCUGCUGCCAAAGGAUUUGUUCUUGAAAUUUUCCAAAAUCUUGUUAAAGAUAUGGCCAGAUCUUUAGAUACUCACGAGAUUUACCCUAAAUCUUCAAAGAAUAUUGAAGUUUAUCUAGAGUUCUUAUAUACGCCGCCUCCUAAACCCCGUUUCCUACCAAGCUCUGACUAUCGUCCCCACACUUUGCGAAUUGUUUUCCUCUUCCUAAUGGACGGUGAUCUAUCGAAAGUUAUGCAAGCAAUGUCACUCGAGGAAGAUGUUCCUAUUGACAUACCAAACGAUGAUGACUUCAGUGCUAUUGCGAGAAACGGAAGAUCACUGAUCAGACGUCUUCUCAAUCGAGACUGCCAGAACAUGGCUAGAAUGCUGCGAACCAUGCCCCGAAUCUGGAAAGUGUAUGAGAGGGCCAGAGGGAUAGCUCUCACGAGGGAAACCUUUCAGUUCAUCUUCGAGCUUGAGACUGAUAUUCAGAUGGUGAUGAAGCAGAGGUUCUGGACUUUUGAUGAUUGGGGUAUGGCCAUGGAUAGAUGGGUUGAAUUCCCGCCUCCAAACUUCCUUCAAAAAGCGGAGGUAUGGAUCAGACUAAGCAAAAUCCCAGUGAACUAUUUCACGCUGAAAACGAUCGACAUAGUGGCUGGGGUUAUCGGUUUUGUCAAGGACAUAGAGUAUGAUCCUGAGAAAUCACAGCUACAAGAGUAUGUCAGGGUCCUGGUGGUCAUGGACCUAAAUCUCCCAGUACGUGAUAAGAAGUCUUUGAACUUACCUAAAGGAGGAGGCACUGUUUGGAUUGUGGAAUAUGAGAGAAUGAAGAAAAAGUGUUAUCAUUGUUUCAGGUUGACGCAUGAGAAACAAAGAUGUCCCUUGUUAAGAAAACAGAGAGGCAAAGCGGUGGAUGUUGGAAAUCAAACCGAGUCAAACCCAUCGGGUCCAGGUCCUAGAAUGCAUCACAAGAACCUAUCGGCUACACUGAUGCCCAUGCUGGAUCCUUCUAUGCAACUCUACAUGAACUGCACUGAUCCGGAGGAGAGGAGAAUAAGAGAGUUCAAGAUGAAAACGAACAAAGAUGUGGGGGAAAUCCACAAGACUCCAAACGACGAGGAAGACAGAGUGCAAGAGCUUGUAGAAACCUCAACACCAAGUCCUCAGCAGUUUGAUGAGGCAAGUGCUACUCGGAGGAUGAUUACAACGCAAAAGCAGUUGAGUGAGGCAGUAGUUAAGGAAAGCAUUACAACCCCACUGAUAAUGCCCACCCCAACUCUGGAUGUUGAUAAUCAAUAUGGCAAGCAUCAAAACUUGCCAACGGGAACGAUGGGAGCUUUCUCGAUGGGACUAAACCCCACCACAUCAUCUUCUUCCAGUGCUCGUGCAAAGACAGCAGCUCGGAAACCAUCUUCAUGGAAGAGACAAGCUACGUCGGCAGGCUCCAAAAAACGCAAAGAGCAAGGAGACGAUACUAAGAGAAGUCAUGAGGACAGCAUAAUGAAACGGAAAGAAAACGAGGAUGGAGAAGUCUCGUCACAAAUCUCUAAACACUCUGGCGGUUUGAUGGUUCACCAGAAACCAUCCAGUCCUCAAUGA